CAGACGUUCAGUCGUACGACGUUCAGUCAUCUUGAGUGUUGGGUUCUGUCAAAUUAAAACGUAGUAUUUAGUUUGUUGUUGAUAUCCACGGAAUUCUUAGUUUUGUGCUGUACGUUUGUUUUAGUAUCAGUGAAUUCAGUAAGAUUUUUAAAACCAAUAACCUACGUGAAACGACUGACUCUUUCAAAAUUAAGGUUAAGAUUUAAAUUGUGAACGUUAGCCUAGUUCAAGUAUUUCAGUUGACAUUACGAUUAUGUAUGACUUAAUGAAGAGUGUUAAAAUAUUGCUUGUAGGGUAUCUUCACUAAAUGGAUUUUCUUUACAUACAUAAAUAAUUUUAAAGUUAUAGGUUAGUGAUUUUUGGACACCAGUCGUGGUUAUUCCAAGAUGCAACUCAUGCUUCAAGAUCAGACGUAAAUUAAAAUUAUUGUUAUUUGAAUGCAACUAAAACAUGUUCACUACUAGGAAAAAAUAAUCAGCUAAAAUGCUGUCAGUGCUGGAAGAAGAGUCUGACAUCUAUGAGGUUUUCCCACCUCAUGUUGACACAAGCAGCAUCCCUAACCUCCCUGACAGCCCUGUUGGUAAGAAACCUCCAUUGAAAACAUUUAAUGAAAUCCAAGGCUUGCUACAGUCAGGAAAGAAAAGAGAAGUGAAGCAAAUCUUGAGGGAUAACUGUUGGCCUACAAACAGCACAAUCAGGUCUCAACUUUGGCCGAGUUUGUGUCAGCAACAUGGACAUGACAAAUCAAUGCAAGAAGGGUUCUACUGGGAUUUGGUCAAUCAGCUCUUUGGAACUACAGAGCUGCCGGACAAGCCGAUCCUGCUACCGCCGUUCGUGGACUCGGCCCACCGGCUGAGCUACCACCUGACCCGCAAGGGUCGCAAUGUCACCGACAGGGUGGUGUGCGUGCUGGGGUUCGCCUGUCCGGACAUCACCUACAGCCCUGCCAUCUACCCCAUCGCGGCCCUACUUCUGCACUUCAUGUCCGAGGAGGAAUGCUACAACAGUCUAGCCAGCCUGGUGGCAUCCAAACACAAGGUGUUCAUUACCCAGACCAAACUUCUGUAUGAGGUUACCUGGCGUACCGUCAUGCACAUCGCCAAGAAACAUGUUAAAAACGCGGCAGUCCACAUGCAGAGGCAUUGCCCCAGCACUCGCACGGAGAGGAUAUACAUGGACUGGAUGUGGUGGAUAUUGCAGGGUCUGCCAUUCAACCACCUUGUACGUGUGAUGGACUGUUACCUACAUGAAGGCAUCAAGGUACUCUACAGGGUGGCCAUGGCGAUCAUGCAACUCUUCUACAAGCACUCAUCUCCGCAGAAUUCUGACUGGAUGAAGGAGAUCUCGGACCACGGCAUCGACGCCGCUCUCAAUAAGUUCUGCCGUCAAAUACCGGUGAGCCCGAGGAAGGUGCUGCGAGCAGCAUUCGGCAUCCGAGCGCUGUCUACGGCGUACAUCCAGCGAGUGUUCGUCAAGACAGAGAUGACGCUCAAGAGCCGAGCGGUGCUGAGUGGGUCGCGUCAACUCACCCGGUCUCGCUCGACCGAGAACCUGCCGACCAGCCAGUCCCAGGUCAACAUUCAGAUGAUGAGCCACACACUCACCAUCCGAGAGGGGGAGCAUUCCCCCGGACCCAGGGUUCAGUCCAUGGGCAGCUACCCUGUCUAUAACGUCAGGUCUCGUAUUGUAGACCACGAUGACCUGUUCACACUGUGGUCGUGGUUGCCGGUGAGGAUCACCAUGUACCAGCCGGUGCUGCUGUACACAACGGAGGAACACGGUUGCUCUCUCACCACAUUCUUCGUCCGCGUGGAACACCAUGAGCCCACACUACUCAUGAUCAAGACUUGCAACAAUGAGGUGUUUGGAGCAUACUGCUCGUCGCGGUGGCAGGAACGCAACCUGAAGGAUGACCGUGGUAACCGUACGGCCUACUUUGGUACCGGGGAGACAUUCCUGUUCAGCCUGUACCCCGAGCGUGCCAAGUACCCGUGGGUUGGCAUGGAAGGUGACUCAGUCAACCACUCAGCUGAGCUGUUCAUGGCAGCUGACAGCAAGAUGAUCACUAUUGGAGGAGGUGAGGGCCAAGCCAUCUGGAUGGAUGAGAGCAUCCGUUACGGAAAAACGGACAGCUGUCUCACGUUCAACAACCCUCCCCUUUGCACGGGCCGAGACUUCGAGAUCCGCGUCCUUGAAGUCUACGGUUUCUCUGGUGCUUGACUCUUCCCCAUUCCUACUGGCACAGUAUUUUCUUCUCGGAGUGUUUCACUUUAUAUUUAUUCUUUUUUUUAUAAUAUAAUGAAUAUACAUAUCUGUAUAUGAUCGUUUUUAGCGGUAGACCCACUAUUGGUACAAUUGUUUUUAAUUUAUUUUCGGUGCUAUAUUUUGACUGUGGACUUAUCAAAAUCGAUGUACAAAUUUAUUGUUUUGCCUGUUACAUAACAUUGUUACUGUACACAAUUGUUUUAGUUUUUAAUAUUUCUUGUGUAUUUUAAUUGUCUAAAUUUACACCACGCACAAUAUUUUUUCCCAGUGUCAUGUGAGUGUUAUUUGUAAGUGUAAAUUUUUGUUGAGUGAUGUUGUAUGCAUUAGCUGAAAUAAUUUGUUAUAUAUAAUGCUUGCAAUUUCUAUUAUUUUGUGAUAUUUUAACCUGAAUAUUUAAAAAUCGCUGUCUUUAACCUUCAUAACUAAUAUGUAAUGCUAGUAUGAAUGUUAUACAAAUAUUAAAUUUGUAACCAAAACACUAUUUCUGUACAUUAAAUUUUGCCUAAAAGGUUCUAGCUUUAUCAUUAAAUUUACUCUUUUGUUUGGAACAAGUGGGUAUACUCAAAUUGUUAGAAUUUAUUAUCAUUAUAUCUUUAGAGCGUAAUAAAUGUAUACCAUUUUUGUUAAGUAGUUUUUCAAUGUUUGUCAGUGCUGUAGAAACUUCAAGAAAAUACAUUUUGAACCAAAUAUUUUGUGCCUUAGAUAAUUUUGAAAGAAAUACCCAGGCAUUUAGUAUCAGAUUUAAUAUCAACAGUGGAUUCGUAAAAUUGGGAUAAAGCUAUUUAUAGAGCAAUACAGAGAGGCAUGUGCUUGAUAUAGUUGAUCCAACACAUAAAUUGUCACUGCCACGUAUGUUUGUGUAGAAUUUAGCAAAGUGUCAAAACGUUUUGUAUUAUAAAAGUAAUUAAUGCAGUUAAAAGCUUAGUAUUUUGUAGACGCCAAAACAAUUAAUAAAGUUGUGAGAAGUUUAAAUUUACUAAAUUGUACAAUCUAUCAUUAAAUAAAUAUUAGGAAACAUCAAAAUGGUAUGUUUAAAAUUACUAAUAAAUAGUUAUUUAUGUAAAAUUAGCUUGUAUAAAAAAAAACAAAAAUUUUGUAAAUUUGGUUUGGAAUAAAAUUAUAACAUUUUCUAAGAUGAAUAGAGGGAGUUAAUGGGUAAAUUCAUUUCAGAAAUGAAUUAUUUGUUCAAAUCUUAUUUAACUAAGUAUUUGUGUUAUUCCUCGUAUAUAAAGAAGUAAUGAUAAAUAUCAUAGCAAAUCCUUAGAAAAUCUGUUGAAAUGAACAUGGAACCCAUAGCUGCUGAACAAGAUUUAAAUGCCUGUAGCUUUGCCUAAUGUUUAUCCUCCAUACAAUGCAGUUGAACCAGUGAUCUUAUUUUAUUUAUUCUAGAGGCUACAUAAGGGAUAUUGCAAUUAAUUAUUGUUUUGUGUCAGGUACUUUAAACAAUUUCAAAUUUGUAUUCUGAGACAAUUAUUCCAAGCAAUUCAGGAGCUGGUACAUUCUGUACAGGCUAUAACAAUUUUCAUAAUACUCUUUUUAAAUUUCAUAAAAAUUAGUGAAUAUACAAAGCAAAAUAAAGAUUUGUGUUUGUUUAUUGAUGGGAAGUGUAUAUGUUUGUUGAUCCUGUUUUAAAAAUGUAUUCUUUAAGAUUGCUAGUAGUUUAAUAACAAUCUAUUUGUCAUGUAAAUUACAGAGGCUACAAAGUUUUCUACCAUUCUUCAAUAUUAUUUUAGCAUGAAGUAGAGCCAAGGGUGGCAUUGCUAAGGUUAUGUACUAGACUCCCCCUCCCCCCAUUCAAUUUCAUUAAGUAAACAGCACAUUUAUGUAUUUACUGAGCACGUUAUCCAAUCAUACACAUCCACCAUGGUAACUUUUUUACUUUAUUGUUUACAGGGAGUAAAUAGCUAUUUUUAAUAGUAGGUGAAGGUCAUAAUACUAUUAAAAUUGACUGUAAAUCUUUUUUGAAUUUUUUUAGGAUACAAAGUAAUCAGUGAAAAGUCAUUGCAUUGGCUAUUACGGUAAUAGACUGUAACUAUGCAUUACUAAUUAAGUCUAUGUUGUAUUAUACCUGGUAAUUAUCAGCUUUAUGGUUGAAGAAGUGAUUGUUCAGUUGGUUUGUUAUUAAUAUAGUAAUUAUUUAUUGACAUUAUUGUAACGAAGGUAAAAUGAAUGAAAUAUUUAUUAAUGUUCACUGUUGUACUUAUGAAUGGUAUACAUAUUGUGUUUGUAUAAUUUCACAAACAUUUUUUAACUGUUUGACGAGAGCACACAGUAUAUACAUGUUAUCACACCUGAACGCAUAUUUACCCUGUAAUAGCCCACAAGGUAGCAAAAGUGUGGCGAAUAUAAGAUUUAGUGUAAGAGGAAUUUCUUAAGAAAUAAAUUUAUCGUUAGGUAAAUCGCUUGGUAUGGUGAGGUCAAAAUGGGAAAUUAUCAAAAGGGUUAAAUAUGAAACAAUAUUUUUUCCUAGUUUUUUUAGCUUGACAAAUUGAAACCAUCGGGUUAUACUCAUAAAUAUAUUUUUAUUCAGUGUCAUCUGACCAUUUACAGAUCCUGUAGGGGGUGAAUUUGAGUAUUUUUAUCUAGUUGUGUGAUGAUAUAAGCAAUAUUUAUGUGUAUGAUGAUCGGUUUUCUAGGAAAAAAUUUAAACUGAGAACAAGGGCGUAGCCAGAGGGGGUUUUUUGGGGUCUGGACCCCCCAAAUUUUCAAUUUUGUUUUAGUAAACAAUUAUUAUUAUUAUUUAAAUAAUUCAGUAUUACCGUCAUGUACUGCUGAAAGAUAGUUCUCAACAAAGGAACGGGUUAAAAAAUUUUUGAACAAAAUGGGGUUUUACUCUCAAAAUAUUAGUUGUUUGGAUCCCUCCCAAAAUUUUUUCCUAGUUAAGUUCUUGACUGAGAAAGUUAUUGUUUCUAUUUUACACUUUUGAUAAUGUCCCAUUUUCACUUCAACAAAACUAGCAUGGCUGAUGAUUGAUUUCUCUCUUAUUAAAAUCACAUCUAUGAAUUUCAAGAAAAGCAAAGUUGUUUGCUUAUGCAGAAUAAAUUGGCUCUAGACUCCUGCACUGGUAGAUCUAAACAUUGACAUUAAAUACUACUACUUUACAGAACUAAGAUUUUUACAUGACAAUAUGGGGAUAGCUGGAAGAAUCCAAAAAAACUGCCGGGACUACAAAACACCAGUAAGAGCAUUAGUUCUCAAUAGUAACCUAUUAAAAAUGUCAUGUUUCUUUAUAUGGGAUCAAACAUUAAAUUAUAAACACACUCGCUUUACUCUCCUAUUCUGGCUCACUCGUCAAAAGGUUAAAAAGUGAACAUUUGAGGAAUUUUUAAUGUAAUAGUAUGUAUUUAUAAUACUAAUUUUGAAUUAUCUUUUUUCUACUUAUAAAUUAAUCUUUGGUUUACAACUGAUAUAACAGGGUGGCCACUUAAAACCACUUUCAAAUUUCCAGUUUUUCAAAUAGAAAACUCUGAUUCUCUAGACUGUUUUUAGACCAAAGUAGCAUUAAGCAACUUUAAUUUUACACUUUGAGUGCCAAGACAAUGAAAUUCUAUUACCAGCUGAAUAUAUGAGAACAACAAUGAUGCCGCUGUGACCAGAUUUCAUCAACUCAUUUGUGUAUAUCUCUGAGUCUAUCAAUGUUUCAUUCUAAUAUCAUUCUUAUUACUCUUUCCUAAAUUGCGGGCUGUACUGGUAACCAUUUUAAUAGAGCCUUAUAAGAACAAUAUUAAUAAUUCUUUAAUUAGCUUUAAACACUCUUAUGACGGUAAUAAAGUUAUAGGAUUAUGGCAGAAGACUCAUUUUAAAAGUGUAACUAAUAUGCAUGCAUAGAUUUUUAAAAUAUUUUUAUUGGCUUGUAAAUUCAUCGUUUAACGUGACAAUAUACAAGUUAAACAGAAAAAUAUACCAACCAAUAAAGAAAUAAUCUUGCAUUUAACUGGGAGUCAUCAGCUUCUUAAUUAAACUAAGCAGCAAGCCCAAGCUUUAAAUAUCUUAAUAUAAUUCAUCAAAUAUUAGUGCACUAUAAGAAAAUACCAUAUCAUCAUCAUCAAAUGCUGUCAUUUACAAAGAUUAAAAACAAAAUAGGCGCAAGAACUGACCUCUGAGAGACUCCAAAACCUCACCACAACAAUUAUCUGAUCUCACUUUUUCGCAACCAUGCACUGUAAAUGUACUUUGUGUAUGAUUCAGUGACACCAUGCCUGUUCAUCCCAUUGUCGUUUUCAUUCACGGAUUCACAAACAACAGACUGUAAAAUCUAAUGAAUCGGAUUGAUCAGUCCCCAGUUUUUAGAGCUAUCCAAACUAUAUUUUAGUUCUCUAAGGUGUUUGAUAGAAAAACUAUUUUUCCCAGCAGGUGGCCACCCUAUAUAAAACAUAAUACAUUAUGUCUCUUAUAACCAUGUUCCUUAGAUUUGGAAAAUGUUUUAUGGAAUAGACAAAAAAAUUCUGAUAUUAUUAAUGAAGUUUUGCUGAAAUGUUUAGUGAAGGCCUGCUUAUGAAUAUUAUUAAGGCUGAUUUUGAAAAUUUUACAUCACAUUCUCAUAUUGUUUAUAUUUAACGUGAAAUUUAUUUUGUGUACUCUUGCUUUACUUGUAUCUUUUAACCAAAUAAAAUUUUAUUAAAAGGCCAUGUUAAUUCUUAGGCUGCUUAAAAAUAAACAUUACUGUUAAAUAUCAAAUAUAGUGGUUGUUACAGCUUUUGCGUAUUAUUUACAAUAAGAACAACGUAUUUUGACUUAUAAUGGACCCCAGGUCAUGAGUGCUCUGAUAACCAAAUAAAUUAAUAGAUUGAUGAGUUCUUAAGAAAUAACUUUAUUUAUCCAAUAUCGUCCCUCUAUCUAUAUACAUUUUCAGGUAACAGUGGAUUUAUUAUUGGUGAAUUUUUCGUUUAUUGAAAUUUUCUACCUUAUUUUGUUAUGAGAUAACAUUUAGACUCAUCACUUUAAUGUUAACACAAAUGAGUGUUUAAGUUUAAAAUAUUAAUAAUUUAUAAUAUUUAAACUAUUAUAUAGAUUAUAAUGAUUGCGAAGUUGUCUGUUUAUUAUUAUUACAUGACGCAACGAGUGUUUUGUUAUGGUUUCCAUUAUCUGUAUAUUAUAUAGCAACUGUUUUGCUCUGUAAAUAUGCAAGCUGAUUGCAGGAAUUGAGCUAGUCUUUGUUAAAAACAUUCUAUAGUUAACAUCUCUAGAUAUCUUAUCCGUUCUGAAUGGGUGUUAAUUCUGAUAAGGUGAGCCUCGUUACGAGACAGUUCUAGUUAGGUUAAGUUUCAUUAUUGUUGCUGUGACAGUUUUUAAGACAGGUAUUCCCUGUGUGUAAAUACUUUUGAUAUUUAGAAUGUCGUGGUGUCAUGAUCAGUGAAGGUGAAGCUGUUUGAUUUUGUUCCUUUCCAGUUACGUAACGCCUUUGGUUUCUGUUAUUUAAAUGUAUUAUAAUGACUAAAGACAAGAAUUGUACUACUGCUAUAAGAAUUGAACAUUUUAGUUUUUACACUCUGAACAUAAUAUUGUAAAAUGCCAAAGAAUUUCACUCUUAAUUAUUGUGUGUUGGGAGGACUGACUACAAGACCUAUGUAAGACUUUUGUUCUCUGUUAAUACAUAAUGGUGUUAUGUAAUUUAUUUAUGAAUUAAAUUUUAUAAUGUUUUCAGUGUAGUAGGUUCUUGGUUAUCUGGCUCUGUCCCAUUGUUUUUAAUUGUCCCUCUGUAAUGGUCAAACUGAUAUUGGUCUGGUGGUAGAGAUGAUUCCAAAAGUUACGUUUAAAAUGGCACUUGCUUUUCAUCCAUUUUCUUUGCUAUUCUGUUAGUGCAGUUACUAGUCAGAAGGCGCGUAUUAUAUGAUGUUUAAUCUAAUGAUAUUUUACGGUGUUAAAAGCGUAUAAUUUAUUCUCGUGGCAUUUCCACAAUAUAUGAAUGCUAACGACAACAGCUGUGGCAAUUAGUAAAGUGGAGAUAACAAGGAUUGUGCAAUUUGUUUCAAAUAUCUCAUUUAUUAUAUUUUUGUUUAACCCUUUCACUGCCAUACCUGGUAUUGUUAUGAAUGAAGAGGAUAAACAUUGGCAGUUAAAGGAUUAACACAUUUAUCUUAGACACAAACAAAUGAGUAAUUAUAUUCUCUAUAAAAGUAAUCAAUUACGAAUUUCAAAUGCACAAGAGGACUUUAAAUUUAAAUAGUAAAAUAACUUCAUUGGAUUUCUUUAGACUGUUAAUAAUAAGGAAUACAGUUAGCAUUUAAUUUAAGAAAUUUAAAUUAUAAAUCUAUAAAGAAUAAAGAAAGGCAUUGACAAAUUUAUAAAUUUAAUCAAUAAAGCCAAUGUAAGAAAGACAAGGAAGAUUUAGCCUAUAAUAUCCAUUCUGCAAAUAAACAAAUCUCACACAUUAGACAAACAAAAAGAGUGGGAAAGUUUUAACCCAAAAACGAUUACGGUUUCCUUCUCAAUCUCUCAGAUUAUUGCAGACUAUUAUAUUUGUGUUGCUUCCAUUCCUUCGUGUCACGUGACAACAUGAGAUCAUUCAUGUUGUGACCAAUGUAACCAUAGCAAGAUAACCAGUAGUUUACUACGUGUUAACAUGUUUCAUGUAAUUAUCAUUAUAAAUUAAACAAGAAUACAGUACUGUUCAUAAUUAUCUAAUACUCAAUUACUAACACAAUGGUUAUAUUCAAGCAGCCGCUAGCUUAUGUGUCGUCUUGGUGUUCAGUGUUGACUGAUAUAGCUUUAAAUGUACAGUAGCAUAGCAACUGGACCAGGUAGUCUUCUCUGUUUUUUAUAAUUUUGUUUUAAUCAAAUUUUUAUUAGUUGUAUCUGUUAUGAAUUCAUUCUACAAUAGUGGUGAUGUGUUUUGCUCCAUGACUAACAAAAAGUCUGCUUUAGAUUUAUCUUCACCUCCUAAAUAGAUUAAAGGGCUAACUUGUCAAAAACAUCUGGUCGUACUUUUAUAAUAUACUUUUCUUAUUGAGUUUUGUAAAUGUUUUUUUCUUACACCCAAAUAGAGUUGCAUUUUUAUUUUUGUACUGUUGCAAACUUUGUGGAAAGCUGGCUCUUUAAGCUGUUAGAUGUUGGUGAACAUAAAUCUUACGAGGCACUUUAACACUCUUGACAAUAAAACAAAAACCGUUCAAUAACAAGCGUAACAUAAUAGCUUAGCAAAGGUAUCAGGACGGCAGAGUUUUGUAGAAGUGAAACGAUUAGACUUUUCACCCCAUCCCAGAUCAAUUCCAUGUGAAAUGUACCAAUGUAGUGAUCAUAGAUAUGUAGGUAGAAGUGAUUCAUGUAAAACAUGAUGCUAAUUGUUGUUUUUACAUUUUUAGUAAAAACGUGUAGUUAUAUUUUGUUGUUUACAUUUCUUUUGAAUUUUAAGAAGAAGCUAAUGUAAAUUAUUAUACUUGUGAUUAAUUAAUGUUAUAGAAAUAUAUAUAUAUAUUUGUUGUGUAUAUGCAUAAAUUGUGUACAAAUGUAAUUGAUAGUGUUGUCUAUAAAUAAGUGUAACAUUUAUUAUAUAUA